UGCACGUGAUCCGGUCGACGUUGGGCGCCAUUUGAGGAGCGCGGAUGUGUUUUGUACAGUUACACCGGACACUGUGAUGGUUUGGACGCCAUUUUGAAUAACUUAAUAAGCCUGAAAAAGGAAAGACAUAGCUUGAAUCCAUCAGUCCUGAGACAGCUCAUCACUAUCAACAAUGCCUCUGCUACUGCUUUGCCGCCAUCUACACCAGACCUAAUUAACAUCGAAGUUGCCGAUCCUCAGACGCCAGCUUUGCCACAGGACCAAUACUCUUCCGCCACCACCUGCACUGGACCAACUGACAUCAGUGUUGUGUCUUUCAUUGCUGGGUCCAACUCAUCGAUGUUGCUGUGAUGCUCUCUCCUGCUUCAACGCCAGCACUGGACCCAACCAAUAACCAUCUUCAGGUGCCAUCUUUUGCCAAUGGGCCCACCUUGCGAACGUUGCGAACGAUUGUAGCAGUCCCGAUUCCAGGUCCCAUGCUUGGUCCAGAAAACAAACCAAGAUGGAGUACGAGUGGAAACCCGAUGAGCAAGGGCUCCAACAGAUUCUGCAGCUACUGAAGGAAUCGCAGUCUCCAGACACAGCCAUACAGAGAUCCGUUCAGCAAAAACUGGAGCAACUUAAUCAAUAUCCUGACUUCAAUAACUAUCUAAUUUUUGUUCUAACAAAGUUAAAAUCAGAAGAUGAACCCACGCGAUCCUUAAGUGGUCUGAUUUUGAAGAACAAUGUGAAAGCACAUUUACACAAUUUCCCUAAUGGGGUAACAGAUUUCAUUAAAAAUGAGUGCCUGAAAAACAUUGGUGAUUCCUCACCCUUAAUAAGAGCAACUGUUGGAAUUUUAAUUACAACAAUAGCAUCAAAGGGUGAACUGCAAAACUGGCCAGACCUCUUGCCUAAGUUGUGCGCACUAUUGGAUUCAGAAGAUUACAACACAUGUGAGGGUGCCUUUGGUGCUCUUCAGAAGAUAUGUGAAGACUCUGCUGAGAUUUUAGACAGUGACAUUUUGGAUAGACCUCUCAAUGUCAUGAUUCCGAAAUUUCUGCAAUUUUUUAAACACAGCAGUUCUAAGAUUAGGUCUCAUGCUGUUGCUUGUGUGAACCAGUUCAUCAUCAGUAGAACUCAAGCUUUGAUGUUGCAUAUUGAUUCUUUUAUUGAGAACUUGUUUGCAUUGGCUGGAGAUGAAGAAUCUGAAGUACGGAAAAAUGUAUGUCGUGCGCUUGUUAUGCUGCUUGAAGUUAGAAUGGAUCGUUUGCUCCCUCAGAUGCACAACAUUGUUGAGUACAUGUUGCAGAGGACACAGGAUCAAGAUGAAAAUGUAGCACUGGAAGCUUGCGAGUUCUGGCUAACAUUGGCUGAACAGCCCAUUUGCAAGGAUGUACUUUCUGGACAUAUGUCUCUAUUAAUACCUGUCCUUGUGAAUGGGAUGAAAUAUUCAGAGAUUGAUAUUAUUCUUCUUAAGGGUGAUGUUGAGGAAGAUGAAGCUGUUCCUGAUAACGAACAAGACAUUAAACCUCGCUUUCACCGAUCCCGAACCGUUGCUCAGCAGCAUGAAGAAGAUGGAAUCGGUGAAGAAGAGGAGGACGAUGAUGAUCUCGAUGAUGAUGAUACGAUUUCUGAUUGGAAUUUAAGAAAGUGUUCUGCUGCUGCAUUGGAUGUGCUAGCUAAUGUUUUCCGGGAUGAAUUGUUGCCUCACGUGCUGCCGCUCCUGAAAGAGCUGCUGUUUCACCCAGAUUGGGUGGUGAAGGAAUCUGGAAUUCUGGUGCUUGGAGCUAUUGCUGAAGGCUGUAUGCAGGGUAUGAUCCCUUUCCUGCCUGAGCUUAUCCCUCAUCUUAUUCAGUGCCUCUCUGAUAAAAAAGCACUUGUGCGUUCUAUAACCUGUUGGACACUCAGCCGCUAUGCACACUGGGUAGUAAGUCAGCCCCCAGAUACUUAUUUGAAGCCAUUAAUGACUGAGCUGCUGAAGCGUAUCUUGGACAGCAAUAAACGAGUACAAGAGGCUGCCUGCAGUGCUUUUGCUACCCUAGAGGAAGAAGCUUGCACAGAGUUGGUGCCAUACCUUGGUUACAUACUUGAUACACUUGUCUUUGCUUUUAACAAAUAUCAACAUAAGAAUCUUCUAAUUCUGUAUGAUGCUAUUGGAACCCUUGCUGACUCAGUAGGGCACCAUUUAAAUAAGCAGGAAUAUAUACAAAUGUUGAUGCCUCCUCUCAUUCAGAAGUGGAACAUGUUGCAAGAUGAAGACAAAGAUCUUUUUCCCUUACUUGAGUGCCUGUCUUCUGUUGCCACUGCCUUGCAGUCUGGCUUUCUUCCAUACUGUGAACCCGUAUACCAGCGUUGUGUAAAUCUAGUCCAAAAGACACUUUCCCAAGCUAUGUUGCAUGGUUCCCAGCCUGAUCAGUGCGAGGCCCCGGAUAAAGAUUUUAUGAUUGUGGCACUUGAUUUACUAAGUGGGCUGGCUGAAGGCCUUGGAGGAAGUAUUGAACAGCUUGUUGCACGGAGCAAUAUUUUGUCAUUAAUGUACCAGUGUAUGCAGGAUAAGAUGCCCGAAGUACGACAGAGUUCAUUUGCCUUAUUGGGUGAUUUAACAAAAGCGUGCUUUCAACAUGUGAAGCCUUGCAUUGCUGAUUUCAUGCCAGUUCUUGGAACUAAUCUGAACCCAGAAUUUAUUUCUGUCUGUAAUAAUGCUACAUGGGCAAUUGGAGAGAUCUCAAUUCAGAUGGGCAUUGAAAUGCAGCCUUAUGUGCCAAUGGUCUUGCCCCGGCUGGUGGAUAUCAUUAAUAGACCUAACACACCCAAAACAUUACUGGAAAAUACAGCAAUAACAAUUGGUCGUCUUGGUUACGUUUGUCCUCAAGAGGUGGCCCCCAUGCUACAGCAGUUUAUAAGACCCUGGUGUACUUCCCUGCGAAACAUAAGGGAUAAUGAAGAAAAAGAUUCUGCUUUCCGUGGCAUUUGCAGUAUGAUUGGUGUCAAUCCAGGAGGAGUUGUACAGGACUUCAUUUUUUUCUGUGAUGCAGUAGCAUCUUGGAUUAGUCCAAAGGAUGACCUUCGAGAUAUGUUCUACAAGAUCCUUCAUGGUUUUAAAAAUCAGAUUGGGAAUGAGAAUUGGACCCGUUUUUCAGACCAGUUCCCACCUCCCUUGAAAGAACGCCUUGCAGCGUAUUAUGGAGUCUAGCUGUGUACGCUGUUGUCAACCCAUACUCGUGGUCUUUCAAGCUGGGAAGUCCAUAGGGAGACUCUGCACCCAGGGAAAACGUUACCCUUUACGGGGGGGGAAGGGUAAACCAGUGGGGCAUAUAGUACAAUCCCAACCCUACUGGGACGGGUGGGAGGGAGGUGUUUAGUCGUCGCACUGUUCAGUCGACAUUGGGGAAAGUUGAACCCUGAAGUCUUUUUCGAUGGACAUUUGUCUCUUCUUUUUAGAGCUUCACACCAGAAGAGAAGAAACAAAGGAAGACAUCUGACCCAAAAACAUCAUGUUUCUGACUAAGGGAUAAUGCAACAAAUGCAGGAAUAUAGGCUUCAAAAGUGGGUUUAAGUGCAGAGAGAAAAUCAUAAUCAUUAGGUUAAAAGUUGGCAGCCAGAGACAUGGGGGUUUUACAUACAGACUAAGGCUGAAGGUAAGAAUUAAGAAAAUACUCGGGGAUUAAUAGGCAUUUGCAUGAAUUUAGGAGAGCUACAAAAAUGACAAUGUUAUUGCAAUUCUAAAGUGCAGCUUGUUUCCAAAAUGAAUAGCAAACACCUAAAUAAAAUCAUAGAAGUUAAAAUGUAAGUUUCUGAUGAAGUAAUAGCGGUCAAAAUGAAUGGCUAACGAUUGGUAACAAGGCUAAAUGGCUCAAGAAACCCUAAAUAGCUUAUAUUUUCACUGAGUGCAUAUCAGUUAAAAGUUUGACAUAUCUUUAGUUUUGCAUUUAAAACACAAGAUAGUAUAAGUAUUUGGGUUGUAAUGCCAGUAUUCAGAUUCUUUUUCUAAAUGAAAAACUACAGUAAAUCUUUGUAAUGUACAUGUUCGAUUUAAGGUACAGGCAUGUAUUUGGUUCACUGUGGUUAACAGUAAGGUUGCUUUGUUUAGUGGGGCAUUGGUCUAGCAUGUGUGCAUCAUAGAAAGUGGAAAUGGUAAGGUUUCUUUCCCACUAGAAUUUUUUUUUUAAGUAUUGCAGCUCAACAUAUUACUAAGUAGACUUUGUGUAAACUACCCCGAGGUUUUUCAUAUAGGAUUUUAAUUUCUGUUAAGGUUAUUCAUAGGUAUAACAGUUUGUAAGGAUUUGAAAUAUCUUUAGGAUCCAAUAGGGUUAAGAUUGUUAUUGUAUUGUGUGUAACCUGCACAAUGUGGAAAGCUGAAAUCUCCAUGCAAAUCUGUUGCCUCUGUGCUGUCAAUGUGAUGUGCUUUCUGCAUGGUUAUAUACUAUUGAAAUUAAUAGAACCUCCAGAGUUAAAAGAAUUAUGUAGUAGGACAAUUGAGGGCUGCAUAAUUAGAUGGCAUGUAAGGACAAUUGUACACGUGUUAAGAGACAGGUUUGCUUUAUUUAGUGUUUUUUAAUCUGACUUGAUUGGUAAUAUUUUUGUUCAAAGCAUGAUCUCGUGAGAUGCUUAUUGUCCUGUACUGAGUCUUAAGCAGGAUAGAUCAAAAUUUCAAUCUGGAAUAUAUGGUUUAAAAAAAUUGGCACAUUGGUGGCCCUUUGUGCCAUAAAAGCUGCAGGAGUACAAAAUGAAAUGGAUCCGUUUUCUUUAAUUUGUUCCACUUUAUGUUGCUUUCUAUACUCCUUUGUGUAAAUAAAUCCUUUUACAUUAAAUUCUGCCCCUUCCCCGUAAUGUGUAUUUUGUUGUAAAUCUUUUUUUUAAUUUUUAUUAGUAUGUACUGUGAAUGUGGAAAACAAAAGCUGGUACACUUGACCUUUGUUAUGCGUGAGUCUUUUAUAAUGCAUUGACUGCCUGAUAAUUAUCCCAUGAUGGUUAGAUUUUUUUCAGAUGGGACAUAACCUCCCCCAGGGAAAACAGCAACUCUGCUGGUCAGAGUGCAGAGCGCAGCACAACUUUGGAGGCUGCAAGGCUAGAGUAAAGGAUAACAAAUAAUUUUAAGUACUUUAAAAGCCAUGACAGCUUUUGUAUUUCUAAUUUUCCCUACAUUACAUAUUUUGCUACACAAAAAAGGGAGAAAAGCUGAAUGUUUGGCUGAUUUUUGCUGCUUGCUUUUAAAGUUGUAUGAGAUGAAUGAAAUAAUUAAUGCACUGAAAAGGAUGGGCUUUGUGUGCGUGUGCAUGACUGAAAUUGUGGCAUGAAAUUCAGUAGCUAUGGUUUGCUUUGCAACGUUUUUGUUGACUUUUUUUUAAUUUGCAUGACAAUGCAGUUUAUACAUUCCUUAAUUUUGCACAACUUGGUAAGUGUGAUUAGACAAAAGUUUGUUAUUUAGUUUUUCCAAACAACUGCAUAUUAUAUACAAAUCAUGUAAUAUGCUAGUUGAUUAAGCUUUUUACUAAAUAAAGGUCCUCUCAGCUUGCAUGGUCUUUUUCAAUAUGUGCAACAUUCAUAAACUUUCAUGCAAUAUACCUUCUUUAAUUGCUAAUACACAGAUGAUUACAAAAAGACAGUUUGCUCAGGUUUUUAGAAAACAAGUCCAUGGCUGCUUAAUGAAGUUACCAGUAUUUGUAUUGUGAAGAGAAAUUUAUUUGCAUGUUCUUCAUGGGUUUAAUCCAAAAGAAAUUUCUGUGCUCAGUACCUGCAGUUGAUUCCAAAAUGUGCUUAAUGUGCUUCUGAUCUAAAAGGGCAUUUUCUUCAUGUCAGAUACUGCCUAACCAGAAAUACAAUAUUUCAGACUAAGUUCUUUUUCACUUUGAAAAUGUCUAACAAAAUUCCCUCAGUCGUCUGGAUUUAAAUCUCUACAGUGUUCAGGUGUGAAGAAUAAAAGUUACAGUAUUACAGCUGGUUGGACAGAAUUAUAAAUGUACUUCCCUGGGUUGGAGGGCUUUUUAGGAAAGGAGAAUGGGUGAAGAUUAUAUUCUGGAAAACAAAAAGAAAGCUUAUAUGAAUAAAUUUCUUGAGUUUAAUUUUAGACUUUCUAGUUCGUGAGUUGCUGAAGAAAACACUAAUUUUACAGUAAUUCAGUUGAAAAAUUCAGAGUAGCUUUAUUACUGUAAUAUUAAUUGUACUUGCUAAAACAAAGUGCUAAAUACUUCACUUCCUGACCUCCCUUUUAUCCCUGUUUUCAGCUUUAUUGUAUUUAUUGCUACCCCAUAUACCCUAUUCUGCGUUUUUAGUACAAACAUUGUUUUUACAUUGCUUUCCCACCAUCUAUUUUAGAAAUUGGAGAAGCAUUUAAAAGUUAAUUCCAAAGACUUAAAAGUAUAGAAAUGUGAAGUUACCAGGUCAGUCCUGCAUAUUACAUUAAGGUAGUAACCCACCAGCAGCAAGAUGAAUUCUCAUCCAGGAAUGUGCUUUGAUGAGAUAAACCAUUCUUUGGUAGAAAUUUUGCUUGGAUAGCCAAGCGAAAUGCUCAUUGGUCACCUUUUUGCGUCCAGUCUUCUUGCAGUGUUCAGGUUUAAACUGCUAUAACUUUAUCAAAUCUAUAUGCAGUAUUUUAAAGUCUGAUUGUAGUAUAGUUUAUUACGGUUAGUGUAAACCCAGAAUUGGGAUAAUGUGGGAUUGGAAUUCUAGUAGUCUGGUUUAAUCCCAAAAAUUAAUAAUAACAUUUUUUUCUUUAUUAAUGUCAUCCAUUUCUCCAUUAAAUAACUUUGAAUGGUCAGACUCGACAGUCUGAAGUUUGAUAAUUUAUUUGUAAAGUUUUAAUUGAUCUUGAUCUGCAUACACGUACACCACAAUAUUGCAUUUACAUAACUGAUUCUAACUGUGAAAUUAUAAUUAUUUCCAGUGCAUUCACUGAAAAGUUUGAGUGUGGAAUAACCCAAGGUUCGCUGUUCCAAAGAAAAAUAACAGUAACUCCUCAUGCCCAGUGUCUUCAUUUUCAGUUUGCAGUUUUGUUUUUAUUGACUUAAAAUUCAGUGUUGCUAAUUGUAUAAGUUUUCAAGUGAAAGUUUACAUAAUUGGGGUUUGGGCUCAUUCUGGUGGAGGUAGCAAAUACUGAUAAUUUUUCUGUAGUCUCCAGUUUCGUACACCAUUUCUUUGAAAUGCCAUGAAGUUCACUUGUGUAAAUAGGCAGUUUGCCAGCAGUGGAUUGUCUGGGUUAAUCUAAAUAAUUUUCCAUUUCUUGAACAAGAAGUAUUUAAUAUUAAAUAUGGCUCUUUUUCUCUGAAAUUAGACUGUUCUAAACUCUUGACUUUUUUCAUGUUGCAUUUGGUCUGCCAGUGCUUCCUACUGAAGCACAAAGCAGGUUGUAUCAUCAUAACCUAAUUAUCUGAAAUAUCAGUGUGCUCAGAUCAUCGCAACUGACUUGCUGUUUGGUAAUCCAUCUUUAAUAAUGCAGAAUUUUAAAAUAGCAACUGUGGAAUAAUACUACCGCAAUUUAACAAUAUGUUUUAUUUAACUUUGAGCAACGUGGCAAUAGAAUAUUGUUAACUAAUUGGGAAAUAUUGCAACUACAAAUGGCAGAAUUUUAAAUUGCUUUUGCAAUCAGGUUAAAUGGAAAGGUUUUGGUGCAGUAAAAUUAAAUUCAGUUAAGUGUGAGAUUCAUUUGCAUUGAUUUUACGGAGUUCAUAAAGACUAUGUUAUAAAUUAAAAUAUGUAUGUACCUAGUAAUGGAGACUGUCAAUGAGUGAGUAUGCUUUUUUUUAAGACAACUUGCAAUGACCAUUUCCCUGAUUCUGAGUCCAGAAAAUGGAACAAUUAUUAAUUCCCCUUUCUUAGAUCUUAUCUAGCUUAUUUUCAACCAUUUGUGAAAUUCCUGGAAAGCUUAAAAACUGAAAAUGAGGAACCUGAGUUACCUUUAAAUUUGCAUGCACAAUGCAUUGCAGAUGCAUGGUUUAUUGAAUGAUCCCUGCAUCCUAAUCAAAGCCCAAGGUUAAAUUCAAGAUUUAUUGAUCCUCAUAUUGCUGAGGGUGUAGAAAGGCACAAACAUACAUUGUCAAAAAAUGUUGCCCACACCCCUGCCCCCCCCCCCAUCAAAAAGAUAUGAACCUGAAUAUCAACACUCCUAAAUCUUUGCACAAAGUAAAUGCAUCAUGGGAUAUACAGAGCAUUUUACUCGUUCAUUGUACAAAUGUACCUUAUUGUUUUUGAAUGUUGGGAGAAUGUUGAUGGAGUCAUGCGAAUUAGUCUCAUCACAUUCCAGUGUUUUCUGCCUUUUUGGCAUGCUCAAGCACGGCUUGAUUUGUCUGCUCCUCACACUGAAUGGAGUGCUGUCCUUGCAGAAAUGGCCGCUGCUGCUAAUGUAGCUUUUCUACUUGAAUAUUUUUAUGUUGUAGAGAUCUCAGGUCAGCAUUUACUGUUUUAUAUAUGCCUUUUACCUUCCCUUCCUGUUUGAGCUUCCCUCUUUCGAAGGGUUCUAACAGUGCAUUAUUUAGUAAUUAGAUACGUCAAGUUAUUCACCAUUGACACCAUAGAAUUUAUUCAUGUUUCUUUGUUGUCUUAGUCAAUUAGACAUGAUCUGAAAUAAAAUUUUAUGUGGAUGUUAUCUCAGACAUUUUCCACAUGAUCUUUUCUGCUCUUUAGGAGUGGAAGAGUGCAGAAGCUUCUAUCUUGAUUAUCUACUAAGUAGAAGUCUACAGUGAUAGAUCAUUAUAGUAUUUUUUUGUUUUGUUUAAAAACUGCAUAUAGAUUCAGUUUUAAUUUUCAGCUUUAGCAUUAGACAUUUGUUUGUCAAUAUUUCAUGAUCAGGAUAAUCAUAAUUAGGCCGGAUGUGAAAUGGUACUUGUCCACCCUCCUUUGGAUAACCUGUCAUUUAUUUAUUAGACGUGAUGGUCAUAAAAUAUAAAACUGUUAUUUCUUGUAAUAUUUUAAAAUCUUUGUUAAAGUGACAUCUCCAAUUUUUAAAAUACAAAUAGUGUUAGCUUGAUAGCAUUUCUUGACUCCACUCCUGUGGGAAAAAUAUAUAUUAACAGCCUGAGAUAACAGCGGCUUCAGUUUCAGUGGUCCUGGGGUACUUAGCUAUUGACAGGCUUGUAGCGUGGCUACUUGUAGAAUUGUGGAAGGUGGUAUCUGCAUUUGUGCAUGGGUUUUUUCCCCUGAUUUUAAUGACCAAAGGAUUCUUCAAAAGGAGCUUCACAUGAGUAAUGUGGUGUUAGAAUUUACCCUUCAAAACCUCUCCUGCAACCUCUCAAGCUGUAUGAACAUAAGCAACAUUUCUUGGAAGUAUGCUUCUAUGUAAACUUGACAAAACUUCAUUUUAAAUAGAAACAUGGUUUUAAUUUUUGAUAAGCUGCUGAAUUUUGAAGAAAGUUUUUGGGGCCACCAAAUAUUUUGGAUCAUGCAGAGAAUAUAUAUUGUAUUGAUCUUAUAUGUAGUAAUUUUUGUAUUGAUAAAUGUUAGUUUGUAUCUUGUAGUGAACUAGUAGAUGUUAAUGUUAACCACUGCUAGGAAAUGUAUGUUCAAAAUAAAUCAUUUAAAGAUAA